AUGACUGCAUACCAGCAGUUAAAAGUGAGUAAAUUUAUCUAUUGUACCCUCACAGCAGCCAUUGACAGAGUUACCACCAAAACUGAUAUUAAAUGUCAGUUUGUGCGCUGCUUAAUAGGGAAGCAGCAUAUAGAAGCAUUGUUUGAUAGCCUGGCUGUUAAUGGAGAAACAACAUACACUAUAGAAGUAAAUUGGAUAGUGCACAUGAAGAUGGCCUUCAUAUUAACCAUGUCUUCCUGCUUUAUUUUCAUCAACUGCAUCCAACUCUACACCUUUUUCCAAAAUCAUGUCUUCCGAGAAACUCCACGAUAUAUCCUCUUUGCUCACAUGUUACUUAAUGACACCAUUCAUAUAAUAUUUACUGUACUGCUGUACCUACUGGUGAUUAACUUUCAGCAAAUCUCCAAGGGGUUUUGCACCUUAAUUGUCAUAUUAUCUGGAAGCACUUUCUUUAAUACACCCCUGAACCUUACUGCCAUGGCAACAGAGCGAUAUAUAGCUAUUUGUCUACCUUUCAGGCACAUUGAAAUUUGCACAGUUAGAAGGAUUUCAUUUCUUAUAUGGGUUAUUUGGAUUUUAGGACUUCUUAAUUUCCUAAUUGACCUCUUGGAAAUACUGGCAACAAGACCAAUGAUAUUUUUUAUGGCAAAUGUCUACUGUGCACGAGACAUGCUCAUCAUGACUGCAUGGCAGACAAAUGUGAGGAUUACACUGACUGGUGUCUACUUCUCAUCUAUUACAAUCGUCAUCUUGUACACAUACAUUGAAAUCAUGAGACAGACAAGGUCAACAAGGUCUGACUCUGGGACUAGUGCAUCUGCUUCAAAAGCAAGCAAGACCAUCGUAUUACAUGCUAUUCAACUGGGGCUCUGUAUGAUGUCCUUGUUUUCACCACUCACAGAACGGCUGAUCUCCACAAUAGAUCAGAUCACUGCAAAUCAUGUACGAUACUUCAAUUACUGUGCAUUGAACAUUUUUCCAAAAUGCCCAAGUCCAUUAAUAUACGGUUUAAGAGAUGAAACUUUUAGAAAAGCCUUCAUGUGUUACUUUAUGUUUGCUAAAAAAUAA